AUGAGAGGUCCAGCCCCUCCGACUUAUCCUCCUACUCCGCCGCCCCAGGAGCCCCAGGGGACAAAACGAAAGGCCAGUGAUGCUGCUCCGACAAGCGAGCACGAGAAUCAGUUACAAACCCUUCCUCCUUCACCCAAACGGACUCAAUGCGAAGCAUCAUCCCUCAGAGUCUCAUCCAGCGGCCCUAAAGACGACACCCAACACGACGAGUUGGCACCUCCUGGCGAUCGACUUAUGAUCAACACUGAGCCAGAAAUAGCACUUUCUGAUGAGCAGAAUCAGCUACUUAACGCCAUUAUCGACGAUGGACGCAAUGUUUUCUUCACUGGCUCAGCGGGCAGCGGUAAAUCGACUGUUCUCAAGACUGCUAUUAGCCGGUUGCAGGAUAUGGGUAAGAGAGUUAAAAUCUGCGCACCCACUGGCCGUGCUGCUGUGCCAAUCGAAGGCACAACUGCCCACGCUUAUAUGGGAUGGGGACCCAAACUGUUUGAAAAAGGAAUAGCCGAGCUCAAGGGCGCAUGCUUCCAAAAGACCACAAAAAAGCGCCUUAGAAGAACAGACGUGCUGAUUAUCGACGAGGUUAGCAUGAUUAGCAGUAAUUUCUUAAACUGCAUGAAUGAGUGCUUGAAAAGCGUGAGAGCGGACAAGGCACGUUUGGCCUUCGGCGGCAUUCAGCUCAUCGUCACUGGGGACUUUUGCCAACUAGCCCCUGUCAAACCUUUUCAGUGGUGCUAUCAUUGCGGUGCCCCAACCAGCUUCAACAGUGCAGCCGGCCUGCAUACUUGUCCCCGAUCCAGGGACCACGGACCAUGGGCUGACGAGGACAAAUGGGCCUUCAGAAGCAGUGCUUGGGCCGAGGCCAACUUUGCCUGUUUCAACUUGAGAGGAAUUCAUCGUCAGAACGACCCCACAUUCAUCAAAGUCCUACAGAAAUGCCGCCUUGGGGUCCCCUUCAAUGAAAAUGACAUAGACCUGCUCAUGAAUCACGACUGCGAAGUUGAAAAUGCGCCACAACUCCUCUGCACCAUAGACGAGGUUGACCCGAUUAAUUACGCCAAGUUCCAAGCGAUCACAGAGUAUAAACCGAAGCAGUAUACGGUCCGUGAUGGCUUCAAAUGGAAUGAGGUACUGGAAUGGGAGAAUGAGAAGUAUAGCAAAAGGUUUGGAGACGGAACAUUGGUUGUGUUCAAGGACCAUCAACUCGACCCGGUCGUCUACCUCAAAGAAACAAUGCAAGUCAUGCUCCAAGUAAACCUCGAUAUCAGAGCUGGACUCGUCAACGGAAGUCAAGGCGUUAUCUGCGGCUGGGAGAGAAUCGACCUGGCGAAACUGCCGGCACUCCAAGGACCAUACUCGACCGACAGAGAACGCCACGUUCGAGCCUUUACUGCACAGCACCUACAAAAGCACAUCAACAAAGAAGACCGCGUCUGGCCACGCGUGCGCUUCAGCAACGGGCGCGUCCGCACAAUCUAUCCCUGGUGCGUGAUCACUGCCAUUGGUGAUAUUAGGCCUUAUUCCCUCCUGCACCGAACUCAAAUUCCGCUUGUACCUGGCUGGGCUAUCACCGUUCAUAAGAGCCAGGGAAUGACUCUGGAACGCGUUAUUGUCAAUCUGAGUAGGGCUUUUGCAGAGGGGCAGGUCUACGUUGCAUUGUCGAGAGCGACAGGUCUCCGGGGUCUGAAGGUCGAAGGUGCGCAGGGACUCACGGUAGGAGAGGGAGGGAAUGAGGAGGUUCGCCAGUUCCUUGUUGAUACUUUUGGUCCUGAGAUGUUUGAACAGCUUGAGGAAAACAAUAAAUCCGAGCUAGAAACAUAA